AUGUACGCAACUCUUGCCCUCGCCCUUGCCGCUGUUGGCAGCGCUCUACCAGCUCCUCAGUCGCACAGCGCUACUGGUGCGACACCGCCAAAGGACCAAGAAUUUGGACUCGCCAUGAAGGUCGAUGGCAGUCUCGUCUCCCUCAAUGCUGUGAGCAACGGCUCGACCGGCGGACUUGUGCUUGAGGGCGAGAGGCUCAGCGUCUACCCCGGUACUCCAGCAUACCUCAAUGGUACUAGCGAGUACAGGGCUCUCAACUUUGAUAUCGCCGGCACGGCCUAUGGGAUUGCGACGCCUGAGGUUGGCGACAACUACGGCUUCGCUGCGUCGGUCUUUGCAAUUGAGGGCUUCCAGCAAUUUGAGUGGACUGUCGCCAGCGAAAAGAUCGACCACAAGAGGGAUGCUGCUUUGAACCAAUUUUAUGCCUGCAAGGAUGUUGCAGCAGAUGGUGUUGAGAACGUCUUCCUGAAGUGGGGAACCCAAGGUACCGAUGGCCAGCCUCCAGUCGGCUGCCAAUCCACCGAGGUCGUCCAGAACUUCAACGUGGAGGGAGGUUUGAAGAGCGGUGCCUAA